UAUCAACUUUGACCCGGUCAAAUUAUUCUUAUUGGUUGCUAGAAAAUAAAUAUUUACAUCACUCACGACGCACAGCCCAUCAAAGUAACAGUGAAAUUCUACCAGUUGCCGCCGUCUCUGAUCAGACACAUUUGGUGAAUCUUGCUUUGACACAUAAGUGUUCUGUUCUCUAACAAAAACUACUUGAAAAGCCUAUGAGUACCACCAACCACCGAAAAUGUAUAAUUCAAAAGAGUCUUUUGGCGAGAUGACUAAUCUUGAUUUCUGCCAAGAUUUGAAGAACUAUCCGUUUGUGGAGACACCAGAACCUAUGAAAGGUGACGUUUGUCCAGAAAAUGACUCCUAUGAUAAUGUCAGCGAUAACGAAAAAGAUUCUCAACUGAAGGAAGCCGUUGAGAAAGUCAACGAGACGGGAGACAUGAUUCACAUCAUAAAACAGGAACUGAAAUGCCAGAUAUUGUACAAGAGGUUCCAGGAAGGAAAGAAUGCUGUCGAUACAGAAGUGAAACCUCCCAUACAAUACGAGCUACGGCCAGAAGAAGAGACGAGAAUUUUGAGGAGGAGAGAGCAAAACAGGAAAGCGGCACAGAGAUGCCGUCUGAGGAAGAAGAACAAAAUGGAAGAAUUGGAAGAUAACCAGAGAUAUAUGCUCAAAGAGAAGGAGAACUACGAACGGUUAAUCAGUCAGUUACAGAAGGAGAACAACCAGCUGCGUUUAUUAGUACAGAACUACUCAACGUAUUAUCCGACCUUAAACUGGGGAGAAAACGCUUCCUACCCGUGUACAUAAAACUGACAUCCUCUCUUCGCUUCUUUCUCCCUUUUUCUUUCAAUUGUGCCGAAACUCUACAAAGCAAAAUGGUUUUUGGACUGUGCUGAUGGAAGCAAUGAUCUCAAUUUGUAUAUAUUUAUAACUAACACUAGUCGGAAAAGCCUGACAAAUACUGGUACCAUCACUGAAGCUUGGCUGUUUGAUGCUAAUGAAUUCGGAUUAGAAUUUGGUGGUCAUGUUGUGGUGGUGAUAGUAGGGGGCAGCGAGCAUAAAGAACAAAGUAACAAAAAACAUUUUCUCUAAAAAAAAAAUGCCUAUAUAUUAUAUUAUUAAUGAUUUCUGUCAUUUCCCUUUAAAGACCACCUACAUUAAUUACAACGACAAAUUACUAAAAACUAAUUGCUACAAUAGUCGUUCUUUUUCUUCUUUGUAAAUUACGUUCCCUUUUGUUUCUCUUUUACUCUUCGAGGAAAAAGAUUAAUCCAAUAAUUAUAGUUUCAAGAACCACAAUAACGAUCAAAUUUUUUUACAUAAAACACGGUCAAAUAAUGAGCAUUGGGCUCAAUCCCAUUGAAACUUCAAAACUCCUUAAGGCAACUGGAAAUCCCAUGUAAGACUGAUAUCUUGCAAAAAGCAGCCUCAUUGGGCUCAUCUUAAGGAAAGCAUUAUCUGUCUGAGGUCCUUGUUGUGACUCGGCAGGUGACCAAAGACUCCGGUGAAUUUUUACAUACACUAUGUUAUGAAGGAAGAAUAAUAAUGAUAAUAAUAAUAAUAAUAAUAUAAUAAUAAUAAUAAAAAAUUCU